GCCGCAGUCCGGGCUGAGCUUAAGGCGGGUCCCGCCCCGCCCUCCGUGCGCCUCCCCAGUCCGCGCUGCAGCCCGGGCUCCCGAGCCGAGCGGCGCCGCGCAGGGCCGAGUGGAGCCGAGCAGCCGCCGCGUCGCGUCGCCGGUUUAAGCGCAGUGCGGGGCCUUGGCCGGGGGCGGCGGUAGUGAGGCCAGAGCCGCGCUCCAGCCCCCUUUUCCCUCCAUGGUUUCUCUCCGCUCCCGCGAGUAACUUGGCUCCGGGGGCUCCGCUCGCCCGCACGCCCGCACGCCGCCCGGGGACCACGCCGCCGCCUCCACCACCAGCCGCCUCCCUCCGACGGCCCUCGCCGCGCAGGCCGGGUCGCCUCUCCCCCCUCCGCCCCCGCCGCGGAAAGUUAAGUUUGGAGAGGGGGGACGAGGGGAACAUGGACAUGAAGAGGAGGAUCCACCUGGAGCUGAGGAACCGGACCCCGGCAGCCGUUCGAGAACUUGUCUUGGACAAUUGCAAAGCAAUGGAUGGAAAAAUUGAGGGGUUAACAGAUGAAUUUGUGAACUUAGAGUUCCUCAGUUUAAUAAGUGUAGGCUUGUUUUCAGUUUCAGACCUCCCGAAGCUACCUAAAUUGAAAAAGCUUGAGCUCAGUGAGAAUAGAAUCUUCGGAGGUCUGGACAGACUAGCCGAAGAACUUCCAAGCCUCACACACCUGAACCUAAGUGGAAAUAACCUGAAAGACAUCAGCACCUUGGAGCCGUUGAAAAGGUUGGAUUGUCUGAAAAGCCUGGAUCUGUUUGGCUGUGAGGUCACUAACCGGAGUGAUUACCGAGAAACUGUCUUCAGGCUUCUGCCCCAGCUGUCCUAUCUGGAUGGCUAUGACCGAGAGGACCAGGAAGCACCUGACUCUGAUGUGGAGGUGGAUAGUGUAGAGGAAGCCCCCGACUCGGAUGGAGAGGUGGAUGGUGUGGACAAAGAGGAAGAGGAUGAAGAAGGAGAGGAGGAAGAGGAAGAGGAAGAUGAGGAUGGUGAGGAAGAGGAAGAUGAAGACGAAGAGGAUGAGGAUGAAGAUGAGGAUGUAGAAGGAGAAGAUGAUGAAGAUGAAGUGAGCGGGGAGGAAGAAGAAUUUGGACAUGAUGGGGAAGUUGAUGAAGAUGAAGAAGAUGAGGAUGAAGAUGAGGAUGAAGUUGAGGUGUACCAUCCUAGUGUGCAGACCUACCAAACACUGCCCUUUUCUGUGACCUUCAGCUUUCUCACAGCCCCAUCAGGGUGUGCUGACAUCAACUUCAAUGCGGCUGAUGAUACUGCUGUGGUGACAGUUUGGCACUCUCUCCCUAGCCUAGAGCAAAUUGUAUCUGGAGGCGUAGGCAGAAAGCUCGCUGCUGCCACAGGCUCCACCGCGCUGGAGGGGCGGGGCUUGCUUUUCUCCCCGCUCUCUGCAGAGGAAGGCUCCGAUUGGCUGUCGAGCGAGACGGUGUCCGCGGAUUGGCUGCGCGGCAGCCGCCGGCUGACGUGGCGGGGCCAAGACCUGCGGGCCUGCGCGGCGAGUGCGGAAACGCCCGGGGCUGUAAGCGGGCGCAGAUGA